UCGCCGGAGCUUGGGGAAGGAAGUCUCUCUGUGGAGGUCUGAGGGAAGAGCUCGCGCCAGGUAGACGCUGCGCCGUCAUCAUGGGCAAGGGGGACCCCAACAAGCCGCGGGGCAAGAUGUCCUUGUACGCCUUCUUCGUGCAGACCUGCCGGGAGGAGCACAAGAAGAAGCAUCCCGACUCGUCGGUCAACUUCGCCGAGUUCUCGAAGAAAUGUUCGGAGAGAUGGAAGACCAUGUCUGCCAAGGAAAAGUCGAAGUUUGAAGAUUUGGCCAAGAGCGACAAAGCUCGUUAUGACAGGGAGAUGAAGAACUAUGUUCCUCCCAAAGGUAAUAAGAAAGGAAAGAAAAAAGAUCCAAAUGCUCCCAAGAGACCACCGUCUGCCUUCUUCCUGUUUUGCUCUGAACAUCGCCCAAAGAUCAAAAGUGAACACCCCGGCCUGUCUAUUGGAGAUACUGCAAAGAAACUGGGGGAGAUGUGGUCUGAGCAAUCUGCCAAAGAUAAACAACCGUAUGAGCAGAAAGCAGCUAAACUAAAGGAGAAGUAUGAAAAGGAUAUUGCUGCAUACCGUGCCAAGGGCAAAAGUGAAGUAGGAAAGAAGGGUCCUGGUAGGCCAACAGGCUCAAAGAAGAAGAAUGAACCAGAAGAUGAGGAAGAGGAGGAGGAAGAAGAUGGUGAAGAUGAAGAGGAGGAAGAUGAGGAUGAAGAAUAACUAUCUGUCCUAAAGUGUGGAGUAUAUGUGCUCAGGCAAUUAUUUUGCUAAGAAUGUG